CUUGGGAACUGUCAGUGAGUGGUUAACCUUUGUUGGAGUUACCUCUACUUGUUUCUAGGGUGAAGGACAGAACCUAGUCAAUAUGAAUUGUGUUGAUCACGGUCGAAGGCCUUUUGUGCUUUUUUUUGUUAGUUUGUCACAUCCUUGUUAGUUUAAUAUAAUUUUUUUAAACUUUUUCUGAAUCAUCAGUGCUGUUUCUUCCCUGGGCUGUUUUACCCAUUUUAUGUGAUAGAUUUUGAACCAAGAUAAAGUUGAUAAAAACAUCAAAAUGCGACUAACUGCUAUUAGAUUUUUUUCGGGUCUAUCAAAAAUGGUAGACUUCUAUGCACAGUUUAAUCCUUCACCUCUUUCAAUAAAACAUUUUGUCGAUUUUGGCAUGAGAGCAUGUGAAAAAAAAUCUUACAUUUUUCUGAGGCAAGAACUUCCGGUAAGAUUGGCAAAUAUUAUGAAAGAAAUUCAUUUACUUCCAGAUAACUUAUUGAGAAUGCCAAGUGUUGUACUAGUAAAUGACUGGUAUGCACAGUCCUUUGCUGAAAUUUUAGAAUUCGAGAAAAUGGAUUAUUCCCCUGAAAUUUUGGAAAGGUUUUGUGAGGCCUUGAUCAAAAUUCGAAACAGGCAUGCUGAUGUUAUCCCAACAAUGGCACAAGGAGUGAUAGAAUUAAAAGAAAGUCAUGACAUCGAUGUUCAGACUGAGCACAGCAUUCAAUACUUUCUUGACAGAUUUUACAUGUCACGAAUAAGUAUAAGAAUGUUGAUCAAUCAACAUACUUUAUUAUUCGGGAAUGAAUUGCGUGAUAAGGAAAGAAAAACGAUGCAUAUUGGUUGCAUUGAUCCUGAAUGUGCUAUUAGAGCCGUGGUCAAUGAUGCAUAUGACAAUGCUUCAUUCUUAUGUGACCAGUACUAUCUAGCAUCACCGAAACUCAACAUUCUAGAACAGAAUGGUUCUGGAGGACCCAUCCAAUUUGUUUACGUUCCAUCACACUUAUACCACAUAUUAUUUGAAUUAUUCAAAAAUUCUAUGAGGGCUGUUAUGGAACACCACCCUGAUAACUAUCCAUCUAUUAACGUUAUAAUUGUCAAAGGAAAAGAAGAUAUUUGUAUCAAGGUUUCAGAUAGAGGAGGCGGUAUUCCAAGGUCUCAGACAGAUCUUCUUUUUCAUUACAUGUAUAGUACUGCACCACAGCCAUCCAAAUCUGACCUUGGAACAGUUCCAUUAGCAGGUUACGGUUACGGUCUUCCAAUAUCUCGGUUAUAUGCGAGAUACUUUCAUGGUGACCUCAGCCUUUUAUCAUGUGAUGGUCAUGGCACAGAUGCCAUAAUAUUCAUGAAGGCUUUAUCCAAUGAGGCAAAUGAACUGCUUCCUAUUUUCAACAAGACAUCCACAAAAUUCUAUACGACACCAAUACCCACCGGCGAUUGGAGCACUCAGAGCAAUGCAAUGGGUAACCGUCAUAUUUCUUCCCUUGCCAGAGCCCUACUCUAAUUUUUUUUUUUUUUUUUUUUGAAAUAAUUUUAUAUUUCCAUUUUAUUAGUUUUCUGUUGUUUUGAAUUUUUAUUUUUCAACAUUUUUUAUGCUUAGUUAAAAUUAAAUAUUUUAUUAUUAUUGAUAGCAGUUGUUGGAAGAAUGUAUCUUCACUGAAAAAUUCUGAAGGUAUUUCUAUUCUUUGUUUUGUUUUUGUUUUUGUUUUUUUAAAUAUGUGUACAGUUUUAUUUUGGUUAUCAUUUAAUAUCAAAUCAAAUAUAAUUUUUUGUUUUUUAAUCACAAUGUUACAAAGCGAUUUGUUAGUCAUGACCUGGAGCCGUAUUUUCAUGCAAUAUAAUUACUUAAACAUCCAAAAAAAAAUUUGUAUACUAUCAAUUAAUUACCAAUUGAAGAAAAAAGACUUAAAAAUAAAACAUAUAAUAUGAUGAAUUAUAAGUAGUUAAAAUAAGAUGAAAAUUUGUUAUGUGAAUCUAGUAAUUUAUAUAUAACAUGAAAAUAAAAAUUAAUAAUUAUUUUUCUUAUUUUGUUAAAACCGAUAAGAACAACACUGAGUAAUCUGUUCAAACUAAAGUAAUUUAUGAACUAAACUGAAUAUCAGAAAAUUAUAAAAGAAUGAGUGACAAACUAAAUAAAUUAGCUUUUUCUAAGAAGUUAUCAAGGGGUGAUAUUAUUUUUUACAUUUAGGCCAAAAUAAUUAUUCAAUAUAGUUCCGUUUUCUUUUGAAAGUUUUUUUCUCUAAUUUGUUAUCUUAAAUUACGAUUUAUUGUCUUUACAAUGAAAAUAAAUAUGUCUUUCUUAAUUAAAUAAAAUGAGUUUAACUUGGUCUAAAUGCACUACUUUAGCUAAAUAAGCAGGCGAAAUAAAUUUAUAUAACUGCUCAAAAAUCCAGUGUUUGUUUUAGACUAAAUUCAUUUAAUAUUCCUUUAAAGUAAUUAAAUAUGCUAUUUUUAUAUAUACAUACAAAAUUACAAGCUAUUUGUAUAAACUUAAUGAAUACUGUAUUAAUAGUCUUUCUUUCUUUUUGAUCCUUAUUACUUAUUCGUAUUCAUUUAUUUUUUAAAGCCAAAAUCGUGUUUUGGAAUUGUUGGUUAAUA